AUGAGGUGGAGGCCUUUAAACCCGUUACUUCCGCUGCUUGCAGCAACCGCAGCAGGCUGGCCCUACGAAGAGUCAUUAGUUGAUUAUAAUCUCAACGUGAACAAAAACGCUGCCACCCCAGCAGAUUAUUACGCACCGGAAUGGAGGAACCACACAUAUAUGCCGUCGCCAGAGAACUGGAGGUUUCCAUUCUACACCCUGUUUCUGGACAGAUUCGUCAACGGCGACCCUACUAACGAUAAUAUUAACGGAACUGUCUAUGAACAUGAUUUGAACUCCAACCAGAUGCGACACGGCGGUGAUGCACAAGGCCUGGUAGACACACUCGACUACCUUCAAGGAAUGGGAAUCAAGGGGAUCUACCUCGCGGGUACUAUUCUCAUGAAUCAACCCUGGGGCGCAGACGGUUAUUCGAUUUUGGACACUACGCUGCUGGAUCAGCACUUCGGGACCAUCCAAACCUGGAGAAAUGCAAUCACAGAGAUUCACAAGCGUGGGAUGUACGUCUUAUUCGACAACACUAUCGCUACGAUGGGCGAUUUGAUCGGAUUCAAAGGUUAUUUGAACGUUAGCGCCCCGUUCUCUGUCAAAGAGCACGAAGCUGUUUGGAAGUCUGACCGUCGCUACGUCGAUUUUGAUUUUGGAAACACCUACAAUCAGACCUGCGAGUACCCUCGAUUCUGGAACGAGACUGGCUGGCCCGUUGAUAAAGACGUUCGUGAUGAGCUACAAGGUUGCUAUAGUAGUGAUUUCGAUCAAUACGGUGACAGGGAAGCUUUCGGUGUAUAUCCAGACUGGCAGCGACAGCUGGCCAAGUUUGCAUCAGUCCAGGAUCGUCUCCGUGAAUGGAACCCAAGCGUUCGCGAGAGACUAAUCAGACAUUCCUGCAUGAUUAUCAAAGCUCUUGACAUUGACGGAUUUCGCUAUGACAAAGCCACGCAGGCCACAGUGGACGCCCUUGGAGACAUGUCGAGUGCUUAUCGUGAGAUUACUGGUGGAAACAAUUUCGGCUCGAUCUAUCUCGGACGAGGAAGACAGCCCAACCAAUACCCAGACUCUGCUAUGGAUUCUAUGGCCAUGAACAACGAGUCGGAUCACCAAUAUUUUCUUCGUGAAGAUGGUUUACAGGCGCUCGAUAGCGCUGCCUUCCACUACUCAAUCUAUCGAUCCCUCACCCGGUUCCUUGGCCUCGACGGAAAUCUUGCUGCUGGUUACGAUACGCCGAUUGACUGGACAGAUGCCUGGAAUGUAAUGGUGAUGACCAAUGACAUGAUAAACGCGAAUACCGGUAAAUUUGACCCGCGACACAUGUUUGGUGCCACGAACCAGGAUGUUUUUCGUUGGCCAGCCAUCAAACAGGGUAUCGAACGCCAACUCCUGGCGAUGUUCAUUACAACACUUCACCUCCCGGGUAUUCCAAUAUUGUUGUGGGGUGAAGAGCAAGGUUUCUAUAUCUUGGACGCCACUGCAGACAACUAUGUCUACGGCCGCCAGGCGAUGUCACCAGCCACAGCUUGGAAAACCCAUGGAUGCUUCCAAUUGACAGCAGAUCAGUACCACAACUGGCCUAUCAGCAAAGGACGUGAAGGCUGUCAUGACGAGACAGUAACCUAUGACCACCGCGACCCGUCUCAUCCGCUCCGAAAUAUCAUCAAACAUAUGUACCAGUUGCGACAAGAUUACCAGGUUUUGAACGACGGAUAUUCUGUCCAGAAACUCUCCAAUCAAACCCGCCAGAUUUUCUAUCCAGGCUCGAACGGAACGGCUACGGAGACCGGAAUGUGGUCUGUCUUACGAGACUCAGUUUACAAGAUCCAGGAGCUACACAACGAGCAACCGGUUUGGCUUGUAUACCAGAAUGACAACAAGACGGUGGAAUACAAUUUUGACUGCAGUGAUAAUGACACGGCGUUGAUAUCCCCCUUUGCCACCAAAACCACGGUUGUCAAUCUCUUUUACCCGCAUGACGAAUAUGACUUGAAGGACGGUCCAAAGAAGCUCCAUCUUAAUGGCUCAGCGGAGUUCAAUGGAUGCCUUGAUAGCAUGACGCUGAAGCCUUUCGAAUUCAAGGCUUUCGUUCCGAAAGAGCGAUUUGUGAAGCCUAGACCCAUGAUUACCAAAAUCACACCAGGACACGACCAACCGAUCAUUUCCAAAGUCGUGGCGAGCGAGGCAGAGGAUCUUGAUUUGAGCAUUUACUUCUCUGCGGAGAUGGACUGCGACUCAGUCACAAAAGCGAUCAAAGUGCAGUCCACCACAGAAGUCAAUAAGACAGCUUUGAUUGACAAAGACAGCGUGAAAUGCAGGAGGAUUGAUCCAAACGAAACGCGGUGGACUGCCCAGCUACCCAGCGUCUGGGCGUGGUCGUCAAAGUUGACCGGAGUAUACAAUGGAAUUCAUCGGCUGACCGUCACCAAUGCCACCAGCGAGGUUGGAGGCUCAACACAGGCUGUUGAUCACUUUCUCAUUCGCAUUGGUCAAAUAGACAAUCCCAUGGUCUUCACCACGGCCAAUUACUCCACUGACCUACUUCACCAGCACGAGAACGGAACACUCUAUAUUCGACACAAAGCCGCUGGUGCUGAUAAAUAUCGUUAUUCCACCAAUUGGGGAAGCUCUUUUUCAAACUGGCGCGAAUACAAAGGUGGCGACGAAUUCAUUGAAGAACAACCAUGGUCCGGAACUAAAAAGCAGAAAUGGAAUGGGAAGCAUGUCCGCGUUGAGUACUGGAGCAAGUUGACUGGUAGCAGCAGCUAUGUCCAAGAAGGUGACUAUGAUACCAAGCAUCAAAGACGCUUCCCGCACCUCUUCUUCAAUGGGCCUUACAACCAGUAUGGAUACGAUGCAGGACUGGACAAUGAGGUGAAACAGGACAGUGACGGGUACUGGAAAUAUCGGCUCCGAGCGGAAUUCCCUGCUCAGGGACAGUUUAAUGUUUGGGGUAUGAACCCAGACGGGAAGCCCGACCAGAGUUUUGUGUUUGGUGAUCUUGAUUCUGACGGUGUUUUGGACCGCAUGCCACCAUCCUCCCUGAACACCCUUUCUAUUAACGUCACCGACAGGCCACCGUCGUCCUAUCUAUCUUGGAAUAUUUGGGUCGAUGACGGUACCAUGAGCAUCCAGUUUCAACCGACUGGCUCGAGGACAAUCCAGAUGGUAGUUUAUUUCUUGCUUUGGUUCGUACCGCUUGUGACAGCUAUCGGAUGCGUAUAUGCUUUCAUGAAAUCGUUUUACCAGGUCAAAUUCAACCAGAUUGGAAUCAGCCAGAAGCGGUCAUUAUUCGGUUUCUCAGUCGGCCGGAAGCCUUCAUUGAAUCCACUGACGCGGCUUGCCAAUAAAUCCGGAUUUCUCCAAAGCACGCCUGUCUUUGGAACAGGGUCUUCUCGCAGGCGCAGUGUUCUCAUCGCCACUAUGGAGUAUGACAUUGAGGACUGGGGUAUCAGGAUUAAAAUUGGUGGUCUUGGAGUCAUGGCACAGCUCAUGGGCAAGAACCUCGGGCAUCAAGAUCUCAUUUGGGUUGUCCCAUGUGCGGGGGACGUAGACUACCCAGAGGAUCAGCCAGCUGAGCCAAUGUUUGUGACUGUUCUCGGGAACAUCUACGAAGUCAAGGUUCAGUAUCAUGUCCUGAACAAUAUUACAUAUGUUCUUCUCGAUGCGCCCGUUUUCCGUCAACAGUCAAAGGCUGAGCCCUACCCUGCUCGCAUGGACGACCUUGAUAGUGCGAUAUACUAUUCCGCCUGGAAUCAGUGCAUUGCUGAGACCAUCAAGCGCUUCCCUAUCGACCUUUAUCAUAUCAAUGAUUAUCAUGGUUCUAUUGCGCCUCUCUACCUUCUUCCCCAGACGAUCCCUGUUUGUCUUUCGCUUCACAACGCCGAAUUUCAGGGUCUCUGGCCCAUGCGCACACAAAAGGAAAGGGAUGAGGUUUGCUCUGUUUUCAAUAUCGACGUCGAUGUCGCCAGGCGAUAUGUCCAAUUUGGCGAAGUUUUUAACAUGCUCCAUGCCGGUGCUAGCUACCUUCGUGUCCACCAACAAGGGUUCGGCGCUGUAGGUGUUUCCAGGAAAUAUGGAAAACGCUCGUACGCGCGCUAUCCCAUCUUCUGGGGUCUCAAGAAGGUUGGGAAUCUUCCGAACCCAGAUCCUUCUGACACGGCUGAAUGGAACAAGGAACUGCCUAAAGAAAGUGAGAUCCAGGUAGACCAGAACUACGAGGCAAGCAGGGCAGAGCUGAAACGGCAAGCGCAGGAAUGGGCGGGCCUUGAACAAAACCCUAAUGCUGACCUUAUGGUUUUCGUGGGACGGUGGUCGAUGCAGAAAGGAAUCGAUCUGAUAGCUGAUGUUAUGCCCGCUGUUUUGGAGGCUCAUCCCAAUGUUCAGCUGAUCUGUGUCGGCCCAGUCAUUGACCUUUAUGGAAAAUUUGCCGCCCUGAAGCUUGACCGGAUGAUGCAGCUCUACCCUGGGCGUGUGUUCUCAAAGCCCGAGUUUACAGCACUUCCUCCAUACAUAUUUUCAGGAGCGGAGUUUGCCUUGAUCCCAUCCCGUGACGAACCGUUCGGACUGGUUGCCGUUGAAUUUGGUCGCAAGGGAGCCUUGGGAAUCGGUGCACGUGUUGGAGGGCUUGGCCAGAUGCCGGGUUGGUGGUAUAAUGUUGAAUCAACAACUACUGCCCAUCUGCUUCAUCAAUUUAAACUAGCUAUCGGAUGUGCCUUGAACUCGAAACCCCAAGUUAGGGCAAGGAUGCGUGCAAGAUCUGCAAAGCAGCGUUUCCCUGUUGCUCAAUGGGUUGAGGACCUCGAGAUUCUACAGUCAACGGCCAUGCGAAUCCACAGCAAAGGCUUGGCUAAGGCGAGCGUCCAGCCCUAUAACUCAGGAAGCAACACCCCACUUGGCAUGAUGACGCCCCCUAUUGCGUCGACUGGGACUGUUACCCCGACGGGAAUCCAGACACCUCCUCUUGCCCAUUCGCGAUCAGGAAGCUACUCAAACAUCAACCGCCUCAGUGCUUAUGGGCCUCAGCAACGUAACACGAUAAUCUACAGCCGAGACCCAAGCCCAGGCGGCGAAGACCAGCCUAGAUCUGGUAUUCGACAGUUAUCACUUGGUGUUAGGGCUGGGCCUGGACAUCUUAUGCGUCGUGGCCGCCGCAGGUUGAGAAGAAAUAGCCACGCGGGGACGGACGAGAACGCCAGCGUCUCCAUGACGGAGGAGAGUAGCGACGACGAUAUAAUCCCAAGUUUCUACGGGGAAGAGGAGUACACGCUUACCCCUGAACAGGCUGAGGAAGUACGUCGCGCAGAUAUGACACCACAGCAGGAACAGAAUCAUGGCUCGGUUAGGGACUUCUUUACCCGUCGUCACUCGAGUCAGAGCUCGAUUUUGUCUCGUAGUGUUUUGUCUCCAGCCAGUUCGACUACGUUUGACGGGGACGAGACCUUCGUUCCACCCGCACCACCGUUUGCAGAACCUGGAAACCGUCUCAGCAGUGCGUCGGUACUCUCUGUUGACUCAGUAGUGGGCGAGAAGAAAGAUUACAAACUGCAAAAAGUUGAUCCUACAUUUACCGAUAGCACUGGCGAAUUCUACAAGGUUUUUGAAAGAAAACUAGAAAAGCUCAAUGGCUCGAACUCCAUCUCCCAACUUUGCAUCGAGGAAUAUCUGGAGAAGAGCGAAAAGAAAUGGUUUGACCGAUUCCGUGAUGCACGACUUGGCCGCAAACAGUCCCCGUCGUCUUCCAUUUUCCGCACCAAGUUUGAAGGCUCCUCGCCUAUGGCACUCGUAUCAAACGAUGAAGUCGGAUCGCGCGCGAGUGGAAGCGAGCCCCGUAUGAGGCCUGACGAAUUUUGUCUUGGAAACGACUAUGUUCCUCCCUCUGGGCUCAAGAAGUGGAUGCAAGUUCGGAUUUUCGACUGGCCCAUUUACUCCUUCAUUCUCGGACUGGGCCAAAUUAUAGCAGCGAACUCUUACCAGAUCACCUUGUUGACUGGAGAAGUCGGCCAGCGGCCUGAGAAGCUCUAUGGUAUUGCAACAGUAUACCUCGUGAGCUCUAUAGUCUGGUGGUUUCUUUUCCGCUUUUGCAAAUCUGUCGUGGUACUGUCUCUGCCCUGGCUGUUCUACGGUUUCGCCUUUGUUCUUAUUGGAGUCGCACACUAUGAGGGCGAUAGCUUCGCUCGUGCUUGGAUCCAGAACGUUGGAGCCGGUGUAUACGCCGCUGCAUCAGCCAGUGGCUCAUUGUUUUUCGCCCUUAACUUCGGAGACGAAAACGGUGCACCAGUCAAGAAUUGGGUGUGGCGUGCUUGCAUCAUACAAGGUACCCAGCAAGCCUACAUCAUCGGUCUUUGGUACUGGGGGACUUCUAUAUCGCAAGCAGUCACCAGAGGCGUUCCGGAUGUUCAAGCCCAUAUCACGGAGACAUGGAGAAUGACUACUAUCUGUAUGCCGAUAGCAGUCUUUCUCUGGGUACUCGGCAUCCUUGUCUUCUUUGGCCUACCAAACUAUUACCGCCAGACGCCUGGAAAAGUCCCUUCGUUCUACCAAUCUGUCUGCCGUCGGAAGAUCAUCCUCUGGAACUUCGUAGUGGUCAUUCUGCAAAAUUUCUUCCUCAGCGCCCCCUACGGACGAAACUGGAGCUUCCUCUGGAGCUCCGUCCACGCGGAACCCUGGCACAUCGGCCUUCUGGUCGUCGCCUUCUUCGGAGUCGCCUGGGUUCUCAUCCUCUGUAUCUUCGCCCGGCUUUCCAAAUCCCACAGUUGGAUCCUCCCCGUUUUUGCCUGCGGUCUUGGUGCCCCGCGAUGGGCACAGAUCUGGUGGGGGGUCUCGGGAAUGGGCUUAUUCCUCCCUUGGGCAGGAAGCUACACGACCGGCGCACUAGUAUCUCGCUCUCUCUGGCUAUGGCUGGGUAUUCUCGACUCCCUGCAAGGCUUAGGCUUUGGUAUGAUUCUAUUACAAACACUCACACGGAUGCAUAUCUGCUUCACGCUUUUGGCGAGUCAAGUCCUAGGCUCUAUUGCGACGAUCUGCGCCAGGGCUUUUGCGCCGAAUAAUAUCGGGCCAGGGCCCAUCUCUCCUGAUAUUACGGAUGGAGCGGGCGCCGUUGCAAACGCGUGGUUCUGGAUUGCGUUGUUCUUCCAGUUGUUGAUUUGUUCCUUCCCUAUUGAUGUUAUGUCAUAA